GCGUCGAGCGGCAGUCGCGCGCGUCCUCGCCUGCCGUGUGGUCGUGUGCGCGUCGUGCGGCGAAUGCUUUUACAUCAAAUACAUCAUAUAAGGUACUCGGGGAACUCGCUUUUGGCGGGUUUUCGCACGGACGUGAGCGGUGAUCGUGAUGCGCUUUGCAUUCGGACACGGAAUGCGUGCGUGUUGUCAGUGCGCUCCGCCUCUCAGUGUGUUUGUGCGGCGUCACAGUGAAAUCUGUGGCGAGGACCACCAGUGAUCUCUUGGAUUGCAGUGUUGGAUCGGAGGAUUGACUUUGACGACGCGACCACAGCAGCUUUUUUGCUAAACUGUCGGUGUGCGUUAGUGGAUGAAACUUUUAAUCAAAUAUGUUCGUCCGUGGUGUUGGUUAAUAAGUAAUAUUGUGCCGUGUUGUAAGUGAAUCAGUGAUAUUUAAAACAGUCAGUAUUGAUAAGUGUGAGCCCGCCAUUGCUGGUAUGCAUAUGUGUUAUGAAAGGCCUGGCCUGGUCACCGCCCUGAACGGAAGUGUUGGGUACGACAAGUGGGACCGGGACAGGGGCGGGGGGAGCGGCGGCGGGGGCGCGCCGGCCGCCUGGCCCGGCCGCGACCGCGAGCGCGACCGAGAGCGCGAGCGGAAGGCGCGCGCGCACCAGAUGUCGCAGGCGCACGCCGCCGAGCCCGACGCAUCGUCGCUCUUCCCGGCGCCGUUCAGGGUGACAGGCAACAGGGAUCGCGUGAGCCAGCAGAUACAGACCAAGCUCGGCGACUACCACCUCGCGCAGUGGUUCAUCGAUGACCCCAGUAAAUCAAUUGGGAUCUGCGCUGAACCACCCAGUCCUGCACCAUGUCUACCAUCACGGCGAGAGAGCGAGUUCAAGAAGCCGGCUCACGCCCCCCAGAACGGCGUCCGCCAUCACCGCCCCCAUAUCCCACACAGCAAGAGCGAUGGUUCCGGUUCGACGGGAGCCCCGCACAGGCCGCCCCCCAUAAGGAUACCCAACGGUAUCCAGUCACAGAAUGCUAUCGAUAGCAGUCAACCGCCAAUAGAAAGUAUUUUAAAGGAGAUGAAGUCUCUGCCGACGCCGUUGUCUGUGAUAGCUGCGACGCCAAGAAAAGAAUUGGAGAACAAAUUCAUCUUCAACCCCUACACAAAUAAGGUCCAAGAGAACCCUCAGUUGGCCGUCAACGAUCUCAAAACACCCCUACCCAAACCCGGUUUAGACAAUCGGAUAUCGAACUCAAGGAGUUCAGUCUCACCUGAUGUGGUGAACAAGGACCUCGGGUUGUCGGAGAGCGACGAUGAGGUCAACACACACGUAAUUGGACCGCCUAUAUCACCGAUCGGGUCGGCGAGUCCAAGUUCAGGCAGUUCGUCACCGUCUGAGGACUCAGAAUCAGAGUCCUCGUCAGCGGAAUCGACGCCCCCUGCGCCGGCGCCGACAACAGCCGCGCCCGCCCCCGCCCCUGCCGCCGCGGCACCUGCGCCCACGCAACGCUCUUCUUGGAGCCUCUCCAACUUCGCUCCACCCCCUGCACAUCCACCAGACCAGACCUACGACUCAGGCAAAGAUGUCAGGCAUGCCCUUGCCGAUAUCAAAGGAAAACCGAGUCCGAUUUCCGAGAUGUCGGAUUCCGAGGCGUCGUCGCCGUCCCCGGACAUUAGACGGAGGCGGUCCCGAGUGUCGGCCGCGUCCAGCGACGAAGAUACGCCUAGGCAUACGACAUCUCCACGAGUGAAAGUCACGGAGUCGUCAGCGCCGACGGGUGCGGUGAAGCGAGGCCGGCCGCCCAAGGCGAGGGCGUCGGAGGAGCGGCCGCUGAAGAAGCCCCGCGGCCGCGGGCGCCCCCGCAAGUCCAAGCAGGGCUCCCCGGGCGCCGCCCCCGUGCUCCCCGCUCCCCCCGCCCCCGCACCACUGCACGACAGUGACGUGGAGCCCGACCCCCCGCCACACCACCACCCUCUGCAAGACACCAAGACGCACAUCUUUCGCAAGGUUUUUACACCAAAAAAGAGCGACGAGUGCGGUGGCAAGGGAGGUAAGGGCGGCAAAGGCAAGGGCGGCAAGGGCAAGGGGCAGGUGACCAUCAUUGAGGUGACGGCCCCCGACGCGGACGAGCGCGACGAGGAGCGCCGCGCCGGGGAGGCCCUCGCGCGACUGUCGCCCCCUGCGCACGACGCGCGCCGCGACCUCGACCGACCCCCCAGCGACCGAACCAUGGACCGGAUACCUGACCGAACCUCCUACGAGAGAAUACCCUCCGAUCGAAUCGUCAACGAUCGGAUACCGACUGAACGUACCUCCAACGAUCGGAUACCCGAUCGGUCGGUCGAUCGGAUAUCGACAGAGCGAACUCCGACCGACCGCGCACCUUCAGACAGAUCGUCGUCCGCCAGCGAGCGGUUAUCGGUGGAUCGGUUAUCCGGCGGACUGUCGUCAGAUCGGCUCGCAGACCGGCGGUCGUCAGAGCGAGUGCCCAGCGAGAAGAUGUCGAUAGACCGGCUACCGACCGACAGGACGGCGCACGACCGACUCUCGGGGGAGAGGGCACACGACAGGAUAUCUGCGGAGAAGCUCUCACACGAUCGUCUGUCCGACACGAAGGCUAGGUUGGGGGACAGCAAGCUGGGGCUGGAGCGGCUGGACAGCAAGUUGCUGGACACAAAGUUGCUGGACAGCAAGCUGCUGGACAAGUCGCUGGAGCGCGUUGAACGGCCGCAGGCCGAGCGGUACGUGCGCGCCGAGGCCGACGUCGGCUCCGGACUCAAGGCCGGACGGCCCGACGACAGGCUCGACGAUGCCACUUCCAACGGUCGGUCCCGACCCCGGCUAAUGGUGCGGGUGUCGUUGUCCCGGUUGAGGCCCGACACCCUCCGCGCCAUACAGAGGCCCGCGCGCCGGGUCCCCGUCAAACGACCACACUCACCUCUUCCCGAACAGGGUGGCGAGGUAGCGGCGACAAACCACGAGCGGACAGAAACGUACGCGGGGCAGACUCCCAUCUACUUCUCGUACUUCGAGAGACUGCCCGCCGACGCGCUCUCCGACGAGGAGAGGGAUCAUAAGUACUACCUAGAAGAAGCGACGCGCCUCCGCGCGGCCGCUGAGAAGGAACAAGAGCCCCUCCCCCGCGUCAUGCGGUACCUAGAGUCCGUGCUGUGCUUCGUUCUAACCGGACGAGUACUCGAGCUAGAACUGGACACCAAGGGAGCCUUCACCAUCUACCGGGAGACCAUCGAGUACAUCAAGAGUAUACACUCGAUGCCCCAACGGUUCCGUGCCAGCCCGCACGAUACUUUCAACAAACUUGAUAUACUCAGCCUACGAGUACAAGCGCUCCUGUACCUUCGCAUGUUCAAGAUGUACAACCGAGAAGUGAAGGAGUACAACAAGAUCGUCCACGAGUACCAACAGAAGCCGGCGUUAGCGGAGUCUGUGUCCCCGCUAUCCCCGACCCCAUCACCCGCCGGGUCCGUGGGGUCCGUCGGGUCCGGGUCUGCAUCGUCCGGGUACUGUUCCCUGGCCCACUCGGUCCCUGCGCACGCGCACCAAGCGUUGCUCCUCCUCAACAAGUACUACGCCUUCCUUUAUGUCGCGCAUGAUCUGUGGGAACAAGCUGAUUCGCUGUGUCGUCUGAGGGCCAAUAGAGACCUAUUCAUAGCAGUGGACCGUAAGUGCGGUCCCCUGUCGCUGUCGUCGACGUUCCGUCACCUGGUGCAGUACGUGCGCCACGCUAUAUCGCUGCUGAAGGUCGCGCCCCGGGACUGACGCCGCGCCGCCCGCCACUGGUAACCUGACCCUAUCUCCAACGCAUAAACACCACAAUCCAACACACCGUGACACGCAAAAUUAUGUAUCAAACACAUCUCUGCUUAAUACAUAGUCUUGCAUUAUAUUUAAGAUUGUCAAAUUGUUAGUAUGUAUCAGUAAACUGCACUCGAGAUUUGAGCAAUUCUAAUUAAUUAAACAUAUCCUAUGAUGAAUGAUGGUAUGGAUAUUUUUAAGUGCGUUUACUAAUACACACGUUUAUAGUCACGUAUGUGUGUUCGUAGCGAUCUGUAUGUGCAGUUGUAGUUAGUUAACGUUGGAUGGUUGUCGUCCAACGACUACUGGUCCACGCCAGUCGGCGAGUUGUGUAAAAACUCAGCAAUAUUUACCGAAGAGAUGAUGGUAACACUACACAGAAACUAUCCCUGUACUAUGAAACCGGUUUUGUUGCAUUGGUUACCUCGCACACGCCACGAUGCGCAAACCGAACCACGAGACUCAAUGCGAGAGUAACGCGGGCAGGUCCGCAGUACAUUCUGUCACUACGACAAUAUCACUCAACUCAAGUCUUCGCAUUUCGUUCUCUUCCCAAAUCGAUGACCAAAAAUCAAAAUGUAAAAAUUUGUAAGAAAAAUUGUAAAUAAGGCAUCGUUGCGUAGCAACGGGCGAGCGAGUCCGAUUUGAUUACCGACUCUGUAUCAUAUAAGUGAUAGACUAAUCAUAUCUUAAGUGUUUUGCGUUGUAGUUUUACUUCCCUACCAAUGGAAACGUUUUACUGUCGGGAACACAUAUACGAAUUGCUCGUUUCUUAGUGUAAUGGGAGCUAUACGACAAAAAUAAUUUUUUGAUCGCAUGUGGGCCAAUCGAGUAUAUUAAUAUAACUCAACAUGUAUGGGAUCACUUGUAGGUCUUCGCAAUAAUUUACACAUUUAUACUUUCGCAAUGUUGAUUUACGCGAGUGAUGGGCGUGUCAUUUGUUUUAUAAUUUAGUUUAGAUGUGUAUUCGUAGAGCAACGACGCGACCAACGGGGCGAUCCUACACCAACACAUUCGGGAACCAUACUGCGCGGCUUGACGCAUGGCGGACGGCCUAUUAGCUUGUAUUAUUACGAUAAUUUAAAUUAAAUGUUGUACAAGGUGCAAUAUGCAAUAUCGGCGUUUACUGAAUUGACUGUGACUAGCCAAUGAAGUGAUAUUUCAUCUACCUCAUGAAAUAAGGUCGCUACUUAACAUAGAGUUCGCUCUAUACGUCUGUUCUCUAUGCUUCCGCACUACAAUACUUCCAAACGACACGACGUUCAACAAUAACUUGUAUUAAGAGAAUGAAUCGUAAAAUUGAUCCAAUUAGCUGAUUUUAGAACUUUGAUAGUUAUCUGGUUAAGCCAACAUUAUCGUUGUGAAAAUUAAAGACGCUAGCUACAGUUUAAGGAAUUAAGUUAAAUUAAUUAAUUUAGAUGAAAUUACCGCUGCCUUGCCUCAACGCCGCGCAGACUAACGAAUUACCCGCCGGGACAAAAGUUCCCUGUAACACGUCAUAUACAACAGAAUACUUAGUGAACAAUGAUCGAGCAAAACCCUGUUUAUUGUCAUGUCUUAAUAUAAACAUUUUUUCGUAUACAUAUCAAAUAAUUUGGGGACAAUCAGGUAGUUUCAUUAUGAAUGUAAUCAAUGGCGAUAUAUAAUUUUUUACGCUUAGAAAUCGUAAACGCGAUCAAGACAGUCGUUUGAUCUCUGAUAAUCGCAAGAUACAAUUAUUUGGAGUGACAAUAAUACUCUGCUAGGGGAGCUAGAUUGGUUUGUAUGUAAAGUCCACUGCCCUUCGGAACGCGACGCUACGCGAGUUCGUCGAGUGCGAUCCUGAACAAAUCAAAAUGAAUAUUCGUUUCGUUUUAUAAUAAAAAAAAAGUUCAAAAUAUAUUUUAAUGAAUACUUUUGAAGAGUACAAUAUAUGGUUGACAUGAACAGAUUGACUCUGCCACAGUGUCCGUAACACCAAUAUAUUAUAUAUUCCUCUCGGUUGUUUAUCAAAUUUAUGUUGUGAUUGUAUAUACAUAAUAUUAUUAUAUUAUACAUUUUGUAAUGAAUAUACAUGUUAGUGCCAGAUAGGUUUUUGUAUGAACGUUUAUAGUAAGAGGGGUGAGGGGGCAAUCCGCCGGCUAAUGUCAUAAGGAGCGACUAGAGAUGCCUUGUACAUAGUAUUAUUUAAGAAAUGUGUAGUUUUCAGUCUAUAUUUUAAUUUAUAUGUAAACUAUAUUUAUAGCUAAGCGGACAAGGAGAAAUUAACAUAAUAAUGUUUAUAUAACGGUGCGUGUUUCGAUGUGAGGCCUGGCGUGAGUGUACACGAGUGUAGGUGAGCUUGCAGCGUUCACUUCUAGAGUAAGUCGUCGCAGUCCGCCCGCAGGCGCUCUGCCCAGCAAUACAUGCUCCACUACUGGCCCUGACGUACCAUUACUGUCCCUGCAUACAUUAUAGCAUCACACAGAUAGCGCCGGAAUAUUUCCAAUUAGAGCUAGUAAGUUUUAUAGUAAUUCUUUAUGUUUUGUGUUCCAAUUGCGAGUUGUCAGUCUCACUGACUGUUGGGAGACUUUGAAUAUGUAUUGGACAGUCGUGGUACACGAACGACCAGUGCAGUGUGUACACAAACUAGUAUUGUCUAGAUAUUGUAUCGUAAAACACAUCUGAACUUACAGAUGUAUUUUUUAAACGUAACGUUUAUUUCGUUCGUCUUAAUUCGAAAUAUUCGCAGGAACCUUAAUAUAGUCUCGUCACCGUCGGUACUUACACCCGCACAAAUGUUUUAAUUUAAAUUUUAGUUGGUUAUUUAAUUUAUUGUGGCAUUGUAUUACUUUUAAUUUUAUUGCGCAUGAUGCAAAGUUUACUUAAAUUGUAGAAGUUAUUGCGAGGCGGUAUAUCAAAGAUCUGGCGAUGUCGAGUCGAGCGCCCUCACGCGUGACGUCGCGGCGACUCGGCGGCUCGUGGUAAUAACAAACAUUGCUUCUUAUUUAUUAUUUACAAUCAAAAUCAUAAAAUUCAUCUCGUAAGGGAGCUCGCGUAUAUGUACUUGGUUUUUGUUAAUCGUUAUAGUUCGUAAUGAGUUGUAAUACAAUUAUUAUUAUUAUUUUUUGUUUUGUUGCUUAUUUUUUUUGUGGUUAAGCUAUUAUUUUGGCCUUAAUAUUAAAAGUAUCACAAAAUUACCAUUGACAAAAGAACUGUGAUCAAUAUUUUACUUACAAAUCAACAAGUUUUAAUCUUAAAUGAUGAAUCAAUUACUUAAUCUCCCCACUUUUGAUGUGGUUGAAGUUGCUAAGGAGGGCCCAUAGAGGGCGCCACUAGCAGACUAGUUUACUCAUUAAGUUGUCUAAGUGCACGCCUUGUCCUGUGUCAAUGGAUUACUUAAUUACGUUAGUUCUUCCCUCGUACCUUCGAGUACUAUUCUGACCACCACGAGGUACCACGUCCUAAAUCUCAAAUGAGCCUAAAAUUGAAACCAAAUUGACAAAUUAUUAUGCUAAGGUGAUGAGCAAGUGAGCGCUGGAUGGAAGCACUAGGCGAUUGUUUUAGGAAAUUGUAAAAUACUGUUUUCUUUUUUAAUAGCAUCUUGUGUUGAUAGCAUGUAUAAUUUGUUUUUUUUUUUAUUCGCGUUAAGAAUUAUGUAUAAAUUUGUUUUCCUUUAAUUUUAUUAUUUGUGUAACUAUACCUUAUGUUAUUGAUAAUAGAAUACAUUAAUUUUUAUGUAUGGAUUUAUAUUUGUUUCUUUAUUUUACCUUUUUCCUUUUGGUUGAGCAUGUGUGUGGCUAGCAGACUCGGUACUAGUAGGGGGCAGGCCGGCAGUAGAGUGGAGGGGAGGUAGAGUCGCGGGGACUCGGACGCUGUAGUUAAGUCAUAGAGUAAUACAAAAUGCCUUUCGUCAAUUUUUGCCAUUUCGAGACACCAUGUUACAAGCUAUUGCAAUAAUAUCGUUAUCGUUCAGCGCAGAUGUGAUCGUCAGUAAUGCCUUAUAGCAAGUGUCUUUCAGCUGCAGAUUUUAGAGUAAUUUUGAAGCAGUAUACACAGUAUGUACCGCGGGCCCGGUGCAGCGCCACAGCAAGUCAAUCUACGUGAGAGGGACGCGCUUACACUAGGCUUGUAGUGAACUGUGUGGCUGGACAUAAGUAGGAUUAUAUUGAUACGAGUACCUGUAUUAUCCGGAACACCAAUACCUACUUAUUGCGGGUAUAUUUAUACGUCAGAAUACCAUAUUUAUACAUCGGCUUCUACACUGUAUUUUAAUAAAAUAAUCAAUGUUUUGUUGGUCGGUUUAAAGUAAUUAUACGCAUUUAUGAAUAAGAUUUAAUACAUAAUGUCGGUGUUAGAUUACCUAGGUUAAAGAUACAAAGUACAAUGGUAUGUAGUUACUGAAAUAUAAUUGAAAAGCAAUAAUAUUUUAGUCGUGUUACUGGAAGCGGCAAGCGCUGCGGCUUCCGAACUUUUAAAGGCAAUGACAUGUUAGCAUUCGCUGCCACUACUAAGCAAGCGUUGAAGGAAUGGUUAUACGAAUGGAGUUAUAAAGGAUUGCCUAUAAGUAAUGUUAAACUGCCUACAACUGUCGCCGCUGCACCGCGCUCGAGGUAUAAACACAGUUCGCAGAGUAUAUCAAUUAUAAAGCUAAUAUAUGAGUAUAUUUGUACGUAGUCUGUGUGUCGUCGGUAGAUUCGUGUUGGAGCGCUGCAAGCUCCUCGCUGCGGGCCGCGGGCCCAAGCAACGCGCUUUGUAUACGAUAGAUGUAAUAGUUUCGCGAUACAUUUGCGUUAAUGCAGCGAUCACCAGAUCACUUAGAAAAUAUUCAUUCAUAGCAGAAUCUACAACUUAUAUUUAUAGUUGGCGUUAAUGAUUUAGGAUAGGGUGUAAUCGACAUUGUGCUUUACUAAGAGGCAGAUAAGGUUCAUAUUAGUCAAUAUACUGUUGUAUUCAUUGAAAUUACAUACUCGGCAAAUACAACUUGUAUAGAAAUACAGAACAUAUGAUAAAAAUAUCGAUUGAAACUGUUGUUAGUUUAUCCAUGAAGUUGCCACGGGACAUUUUUAAAUUUUGUUAUAUAUCUGAAGCUUAAUUAAAUACAGUACAUAACGGGGUUUAUGUAUGUAGAUAAAUGUGUUCAAUACAGCAAUAUACAUACAGUUAUUAAUUUCAAAAUAAAUUUUAUAUACCUAGUAUAAUUAUAGCAUUCGUUAUGUAGAGUAAUAUUGUUAUUAUUGCGUUAUAUAUAAUUUACACUGAGAAGGUUUUUGGAGCGCAGAUGACAGUCGUUCGAUGUUUCAUAGACAUUUUGUUGUAUAAGACCACGGUUAGGGCGUAAUCUUAUAAGCGAGUUGGGCAAGGGCCGGGGUUGCAGGCCAAAAAAAUAACGUACCACGCGUCCUCGGCCUAGAGUAGGAGAAGGAACGGGGGGG